GAUGCGUUUUUGAACAAGCGUACCUAGUGAACGUUAAAAUUUUUAUUUUUAGAAGACUGGAACUGACAAAAGCGCGGCGCCAUAUUGCGUGCUUGUGUUUGGUUACUGUUCUGGCGCGUGGUCAAGAAUUGUUAUAUUUAAUUAAUUACCAUGUCCGAUAACCAGGAGCAAAAACCCGAAGCCGGCCCAGGCGACGCGAAUUCCGAAUACAUCAAGCUUAAAGUCGUUGGAAAUGACAGCAAUGAAAUUCACUUUAGGGUAAAGAUGACCACUCAAAUGGGUAAACUCAAGAAAUCGUAUAGCGACCGUGUGGGUGUUCCUAUGACGUCACUCAGGUUUCUCUUUGAUGGUAAAAGAAUUAAUGAUGAUGAAACACCAAAGCAGUUGGAAAUGGAAAAUGAUGAUGUUAUCGAGGUAUAUCAAGAACAAACAGGUGGUCACUACUGAGGAAAUUAAAUCUAUUAUUCAGUUUUAAUAUCUAUUAAAGUGAAAGUGACUAUCGUAAAGAAAUGGACAAGUUUAUCAGUAUGUAUAUGUAUGUUAAAAAAGCAUUAUGUAAUUUGGUUUUUUAAGUAACAUUUUGAUGUGCUGUUCUACAUUCCUGUAAUGAGGCAAGAUUAAGGACCAUCAACAGUCAGUUUCAUACACUAUAUACAUUCAACCAACAAAAACAAAGCAAAAAAGGAAAAACCAGAAAAAAAAGAAGGGUCAUGACUUAAUGUCAUAAGUUUUUUCCAUUACUAUUAUCUGGCAAUGUAUUUGCAUUUUACAGACUUCUAAAUUUUCAUAGAUUUAGAUCGCGAAUAUUUCUAAAAGUGAACCCUUAGUUUUGUUAUUAAA